AUGUUCGAAGACAACACCAUACGCCUUGAACUACCUCUCAAGUACCCAGAAACAAUACGUGUCACGUUUAUUCCAGACGUACCUGGGCCCCUCACAAUCGAAAUCGUACCGUCCACUUGCACAACCACGAAGUCUCCUGAGACACCCAAGGAAAAACAUCCAAACUCACGAACUUUUAUUGGCCCGGCAAUAGAUGACUCUCCUGCGAAACCAUCUAUCUCUAAGAAUCCCGUCGGUGAAGUAAUCUCUCGUCCCUCUACAACUCACAUAGCUAACUUUCCCGCUCUAAAUACAGAUGAUAGUGUGACGGAACCCGAGUCUGAAGUAGAGCAAGGAGCUCCUAAUGUGGCAGACAAGGGAAUGACAUGGGUAUACCCAUGGGUAUCUGUGGUGAUACCCCCACCCACACCCACCAAAAACCCACACCCACCUGGUGGGUGUGGGUAUAUUCAUGGGUACCAGGGAUGGCUACCCAUACCCACACCCAUAGAGGGUAUACCCAUGGGUACACUUGUAACAGUUCACACCAAAAAAUCUCAUGAACGAGCCGACCUUCGCAGGAAGUCACAGAGCACCAUCCACUCUGGACGCAUCGUUCCCCACAAGAUCACUCACCCGGAACCUGUACCAUGUGAAAAUCCAGUUCCUACAGCUCUUUUUGCACCAGUCUUUGAUUUUCCAGACCCCCCUCCUGUCUCUCCAUGUGCUGUCGAGCAGGAAAUGCUUGAUCAUGGCAUACUCACGCAGGAAGAUAUAGAUAUUCAGAUUCACGGUUGCGCUCUUCCCAAUCUUGGCCCAAAUUUUCAUACGCCCGAGGCACUUCUUGAUGUGGUUGAUUUUUACGAUACAUACCAUACUGUUACCGCAGCUGGUGCCCAGCCCCUGAAUCGGUAUCAUGCCCAUUUGGUACCCAAGGAUCCAGAGCAGCGUGCAAUGGAACGAGAAUGGGAGAAGACAUUGGAUGAGGGAGUGCGAGGGAUGGAAACUAAUGAGGAAGAAGACAUGGAUGUCGAUGUGGACGUGGAUAUGGCUGAUUUGAACCUUGACGAAGCCACGAUGGAAGAUGACACCUCUGCUGUUUUGAUCCAACCCCUGGUCAAUGACGAGGAUUCACCCGAUCCUUUCGAACCAGACGAAGAUUUUUUCAUGUCUAAUGGUAAUCGUGCCAUGUCUACCCUUCCGCCCCACCUCCUCACCAUAUAUGCGGUCACUACAUGGUUACAUCUGCAAUGGCAUCUUCCUCGUGCUGCAUGUAACGCCCUUCUCUCUAUCUUAUCCUGUUUGCUACUGUUCUUGUCUCCUCAGCUCGAGACUCCGUUUCGCACCCUGCAGUCAGCUACACGCGUUCUAGCGCUUGAUACUCCAUUUUACACCCUUCCUUGUUGUCCCACGUGCCGAGAAGUAUAUCCGCCUGCAGGUUCUACUCACGAUCAAGACACCUGCAUGGCUUGCAACAUCCCUCUGUUUCUACCUGAUACUACGAGGCGUGGAUUUACUCGCGCGAAGAAAAUUCCUUAUGUUAAGUAUCCAUAUCUCCCUCUUUCAGUUCAAAUUCGGUCUAUCUUAAUGAUUCCGGGGGUCGAAGCCACACUUGAUGGCUGGCGUUCAAAGCCAUGA